AUGGCCUUCCAACCAACUCCGACAGAUGUCUCUGUCAUCAUCACCUCGGCUUCUAUGGCUCACUCCGCCGACUCAGAGCCCAGAUUCCUGACUGAGCGGCGUAUUACGCCUACCUGGACAGUUGAGCAGGUCAAGAGCAAGCUCGAGACUAUGACUGGUGUCCCGCCGGGGAGCCAGCGACUCCGUGUCAAGGUUCCUGGUCGACCGGAUCAGUGGGCUGAUAAUGAUGCCCAGCUUAUUGGGGAUUAUGGGCUUGUGAAGGGGGCUGAAAUUGAGGUCCACGACUCCCGCCCACAAGGCAUGCGCCCAAACUUCACCGAUCUCUCCUCAGUCGACAAGUACGAAAUGAACCCCGAAACCUACGAGAACCUCUCCGAUUCAGUCCUGGCCUGGAAAAGAAAUCAGAAAAUAGGCCGUUUCGAUCCUAACGCACUCUCCCCUGAGGAAUCCCUGCGCAAGCAGGUUCAGAAGGAUCAGGCUGAGCUUGCUAGCAGAGGAAUCGCCGUUGACAAACGUGCCAUCAUCCUCCCCUCCUCCCCGCCACAUAUCCGCCGUGGAACAGUCCGCUUCGUCGGCUCAGUGCCAACAAUCCCAAUUACUGGUCCUGGCCGUGAGCUUGAGCAGGAUGGUCCGCUUCCCGUUGAACUCCAGCCUAUCUGGGUUGGUAUUGAGCUGGAUGAGCCGACGGGCAAGAAUGAUGGUAGCGUGGGUGGUCGUCGCUACUUUGAGUGUUUGGACAAGUGUGGUGCUUUUGUGAAGCCGGAGAAGGUCGAGGUGGGAGAUUUCCCGCCGUUGGGCUUGGAUGAUGAGUUGGAUGAGUUGAUGGAGGAGAUCUGA